GCACGGCCUCCGCUCGACCGCUCCCAAACCGCGGCAACUGCCACCGGACCGCCAGCGCCGCCGCCCCCGCACCUCCGCCCCCCGCCGGUGCUCUGCUCGCGACCCGCCGGCGCCGAUCCGGGAGAAACGCCGGCGGCGGCGGUCAUGACAUCCGCUCACUCCAAGCUCUACUCCGAUGACGUCAGCCUCGUGGUGGUGGUCGUCGACACGAACCCCCUUUUCUGGGCCGCCGCUGCGCUCCCCUUCGCCGACUUCUUCGCGAAUCUGGUCCACUUCGUGAACUCGCUCCUACUUCUGAACCACCUCAACCGUGUGGUUGUCAUCGCCGCGGGAGUCAGCUCUUGUGCGUACAUCUUUGAUUCCAAUGAUGCCAGCCCCUCUGGUGGUGUAGGUGUCAUGGCCACCUUCGACAAGGCAAGCCGCAAGGUGGAGGAGUUCAUUGCACAAGAUGCCCGUGCCACUGCGGGCAACAGUUCCGUUGCUUCUGCAAAUGCUGCGUCGCUGCUGUCUGGGGCGCUGUCCCUUGCUUUGUGUUAUAUACAGAGGAUUUUCAGGUCUGGGACUCGACAUCCGCAACCUCGGAUUUUGUGUCUGCAGGGUUCUCCAGAUGGUCCUGAACAAUAUGUGGCAGUGAUGAAUUCAAUAUUUUCUGCUCAACGUUCCAUGGUUCCAAUUGAUUCAUGUAUUGUGGGAACUCAAGAUUCUGCUUUCUUGCAACAGGCUUCAUACAUAACGCGAGGAGUUUAUUUGAAGCCCCAAGAGCUAAAUGGGCUGUUUCAGUAUCUUGCUGCUGUAUUUGCAACUGAUUUACACUCAAGAACGUUUUUGCGCCUUCCUAAGACCCUUGGAGUGGACUUUCGUGCUUCAUGUUUCUGCCAUAAGAAGACUAUUGACAUGGGAUACGUUUGUUCAGUUUGUUUGUCAAUAUUCUGCAAGAAUCAGAAGAAGUGUUCAACCUGUGGGUCAGAAUUCAGUCGUGUCAUGCCUGAUUUGAAUUCCAUGCCAGAUCAAAGCAAGUAGUAGUCUGACAGUUAGCCAUCAACCAAUGUGCUUUGCUCAAAUGUCCCUCCACAGGAUGGAGCAUGCUCCUGGUUUUCCCAUGUAGACCGCGAUUUGGUGAAAGGUGAUAAAUGAUGCUGCUUGCACUAAUGGAUGUGGCAAUUUUGUGAUCCAAAUGGUUUUCGGUGCACGCUCUGUGAUUUUGGACCUAGAGUUCUCAUGGAGCAGAACAUAUCUGUGACGAAUUGUUGUCAAAGAACGAAAAGAAAUACAAAUGAAAAUGACAUGACGUGGUUGCCCUUUC